AUGCAACCUUAUCCCAUAAUUUUUGUUUUAAGUUUAACCGAAGUGUUGGAAACUUUGGUAAAAAAACAUUUUAGUCAUAAAUAAAUUAAGUGAAAAAAAAAAAUUACUAAGCAAAGGGUAAAUUUUGUAGUACUCUCUCAAAUUUUACUCUGCACUGCAAGCAAAUGUUAGAAAUUAAAUCAAAACUGUUGAAAGAAGGAAAAAAAUAAAAAAUAGUGAAGUGCUCGGUGGCGUGGUGGGAAUGGGAGAGAAGAAGACGACGACCGGAGGGGGAUUAGGGUUUUACAAGGAAUAUGUCGCCGGAAUGAAUGCUGGUCUCGCCACUGUCGCCGUCGGCCACCCUUUCGACACCGUCAAGGUCAAAGGACUUUAUAGGGGAGCUACAUCGUCGUUUUUGGGAAUGGCUUUUGAAAGUUCAUUGAUGUUUGGUAUAUAUUCCCAGGCAAAGCUGUUCUUGCGGGGAACUUUGCCAGAUGAUGGGCCACGUCCAGAGAUAAUUGUUCCGUCUGCUAUGUUUGGUGGAGCUAUCAUUAGUUUUGUAUUAUGUCCAACAGAGCUAGUAAAGUGUAGAAUGCAGAUCCAAGGAACGGAUUCUUUGGUUCCUAACUUCCGUAGAUACACCAGUCCUCUUGAUUGUGCUGUUCAGACCGUCAAAAAUGAAGGGGUAACAGGUAUAUUUCGUGGUGGUUCGGCAACAUUGUUAAGAGAAUGUACCGGAAAUGCUGUCUUUUUUACUGUCUAUGAGUACUUACGGUAUCAUAUCCACUCGAGAUUGGAGGAUUCGAAGCUGAAAGAUGGUUACUUGAUUGACAUGGGGAUAGGAGUUUUAACUGGUGGCCUUGGAGGCAUAGCUUGCUGGUCAGCUGUCUUGCCCUUUGAUGUAGCAAAAACAAUUAUCCAGACCUCUCCAGACAAAGCUACCGAGAGAAAUCCUUUAAAAGUGUUGAGCUCGAUUCACAAGAGAGCUGGACUCAAGGGAUGCUAUGCAGGUCUGGGUCCAACCAUUGUGAGAGCAUUCCCUGCUAAUGCAGCAGCAAUCGUCGCUUGGGAGUUCUCAAUGAAAAUGUUGGGAAUCAAACGUGACUAGGAUUAGUCUUCCAAUCUAAUUUAUUUGGUCCGAUAUACAGAUGUCAGUAAGGAUUAUGAUGAGCUUUCUUGCAAGAGAACUACAGAUAUCAAGAAUCAAAAGUGUCUUCCAAAUUAUUAUUUUUGAUAGCGUUUUAGCUCUCUCUCCUCAUAUGUUAAUUGCAAAAUAUAUACAGAUUCUUGGUCUAGUAUAAGAUCUUGGCUUGUAAUAACAUUUCCUAAGUUUACACAGUCUUACACAUAAUAUUUCAAGCA